AUGAAAGAAUUAUCAAGGACGCACGAAUGGCCCACAAGGUUAAGCCUCAUCGUUAUUCUAUUGCGAUACGAUGUUCUCGGCACGAUCGACGUCAAUUUAAACGAGCUGGAAUAUUUAGCCGCACGUCUUAAUCCUUUCGAGUGUCGACGCUUGAUAGCUGCGCUUCAUUAUAUUACUUACGAUCUACCGAACAAUCUCGCAGCUGCUGAACGUAACGUGGACGACGAUAUUCCUUGCAUCCGCCAUCUGUUGCACUGGAAUAGUUCUCCAGCUGAAGGCAAAGGAAACACUCACGAGGUUUUAACACACAGACUUCGUCAAAUAAAUCGAAAUGAUCUGGCAGAUUGGUUAGGAAAAUCCUCGUUCGUGCAAAUAGGGAAAGACCUCGACAGAGCACUGGUAAACACGUUCGAUGAACUCGUCAAAGAAGAAACGGAAUUACCGUAAGUUGCGUGUAAUCGUAUCAAGAUGAACGACUCGAUAAUCUUGAUGAAAUUUUUCGAUUAUCGUUUAAAUAAC